UUUCUCUCUCUUCUUUCUCUUCUCUCCUCUCUCUUCUCUUCUCUACCAUCUCCCCCAAGACAGUCGACAAACAAACAAGAUCUCUGUCCCUGGACUGAGUCGACUCCGAUAGGCGUGUCUCUGCCGGCCGAACGGUGGAUAUCUCCGGUUCGCUCCACCCGCACCCAUUGGUCCGCCCCUCCCAGUCGGCCAUUCACAACAGGGACCAAGAAGGACUGAAGGACUGAAGGAUUCCCUUGUCUAGUGGCUCACGGCUUGGAUCCUGUCGUCGCGCGUGGCGGCACCAUGAGCAUGAGGGCCUCCCGCAAUAUCUACAGGGAUGAGGUCGAUUUCACCGCCCUCGCCUUGCAGUCGCCGGCGUUUGCAAAGCACCUGAAAGCCAACGGGCAGCUGGACUUCAGCGACCCGGAUGCUGUCCGGCAGUUGACCAAGAGCCUGUUGCAGCGAGAUUUCCAGUUGGAGGUCGAGAUUCCGGAGAAUAGGCUGUGCCCGCCGAAUAGGCUGAAUUAUAUCCUGUGGCUACAAGAUCUGCUCGACACCACGGGAGACCACUAUCGGGACGACUAUGACCCUGAUCGAGAGGUAUUGGGACUCGACGUCGGAACCGGAUGCUGCAGUAUAUAUCCUCUCCUGGGGUGUUCACUGCGACCGCACUGGCGCUUCGUCGCCACGGACAUCGACGAUGACAACAUCCAAACCGCCCGAAAGACUGUAUCUACAAACAAGCUCGACUCCUGCAUCGAGAUCCUUCAAACAGACCCAAAAGAUGAUCUGUUCCCCCUAUCGAAACUGAACGUCGAUCGACUCGACUUCACGAUGUGCAACCCGCCUUUCUACGCCUCCCGCGACGAACUCGUCGCCUCCGCCGACGCCAAAGAACGACCUCCCUUCACAGCCUGCACGGGCUCAGAAACCGAGAUGGUCACAUCCGGCGGAGAGAUUGCCUUCAUCGCCCGAAUGAUCGAGCAGAGCCUUCAUCUCCGCGACAAAGUGAUCUGGUAUACCUCCAUGCUGGGCAAGCUAAGCAGCGUAUCCAUCCUGGUCGAAAAACUCCUCCAACACAAAAACAACAACUACGCCGUGACGGAGUUCAUCCAAGGAAAUAAGACCCGGAGGUGGGCCAUAGCCUGGUCAUGGACAGACCUGCGUCCUGCAGUCACUAUCGCCCGCGGCACCACCUCCAUACCAAAACACCUCCUUCCCUUCCCCUCCGAAUACGCCUUCACCUUAACAGCCCCAACCAGCAACAGCCCCAGCACCAGCACCAGCAGCCUCACCGACCUCAUCGCCAAGAUCAACGCCGAGCUCAGCUCCCUCCACAUCCAAUGGCACUGGCGCCAGGACCUAACCACGGGGGUCGGAUUCGCCAUGCAAAACGUCUGGUCGCGCCAGGCGCGCAGGAAGAUGCUGAACCCGGACACCAGGCCUGAUAAGGCGGAGAUUGAUGCGGCCAAGGCGGAGCUGGGAUUUAGGGUGCAGAAUGCGAUGAAAGUAGUGGUGGUCGUGCGGUGGUUAAAGGGGACGGAUACGGUUCUGUUUGAAAGUUUCUGUGGCAUGUUGAAGAGGAAGGUUGAGGGGUAGAAAGAAAGAAGAGAAAGAAAAUGAAAAAGAAAACAAGAGGCUUGGGGUGGGUAGGAAGCAAGAGGCGAGACAACAGUAAAAGUACUCUUGGGCUUUAAUUAUAUCAGACAUCAGACAGAUCAUUGAGAUCCACGGUUUGAAGGCACCGCAUGGAUAGAUG